AUGUUUUUGAUACUUAUGAGCCUGAGUCACAUGAAUUCAGUUCUCUGUAUAUCUAACAAUACUAAUCAAACUGAACAGAUAACUCUUUUCAGUUUGACAAAACCUAUGGAAUCUGGAAACGUUACUGAAAAUCCAUGUAAAGACAUUGAUAUAUCAAACUUUAACCUAUCUCUAACUAGUAUGGGUCUUGAUGUUUUUCCACCAUGUCUAUCGAAGAAAGUAGAAAUCCUGGAUUUGAGUAUAAACAACCUAACUAUAAUUGAGGAACAAGACAUAUCGGAACUCUCUGACUUGCGUAUCCUUAUUCUGAAACAUAACAAAAUAUCACAGCUGUAUUGGAAGAUGGAAAUCCUCCCUAAUCUGCAAAUACUGGAUCUCAGCUAUAAUCAAUUAGCCACUGUUCCAAAAUGCAUUAAACUGAAUAAAAUGAAAUGGUUAUCUCUUGCUGGAAAUCCAAUAUCACAGAUCCCUCCUUAUGCCUUUAGUUGUUUUUCAAAUUUGGAGUUCCUAAAUUUAUCUUCUACCUCAAUUGGAAUGAUAUCUUCUGAAGACAUCAGUCAGUUGGCAUUUGCAAAUAAAGCAAUGACUAGUUCUUCUCUACAUAUACUUGACCUUAGUGGAACUUAUAUCAGGAGUGGUAAUGCGUCAUGGAGUAAGGAUCUAUCAAGCUUAAAGGAACUGCACAUUAUGAAGAUGAUUAACAUGGAAAGCCUAGAUGAAGAUCUGAUAAGCUCCUUUCCACAAAUAGAGCUUAUGAAUUGUGCCAAUUCAAGUUCACUGACUUCUGUUGGAUCCAGAGCAAUUGAAAAUGCCUCUAAGCUGAAAUUCCUUUAUCUUCAAAACUGUAACCUGAGCUCACUAUCUCCUUGGAGAAUUAGUUCAGGAUAUUUGUAUAUCAACAUCUACGGCAAUCCUUUAAAGUGUAAUUGUGGAUUUCCUUGGUUCUUUCCAAACCAUGUAAACAUAACUUUGAUCAGGCCAUCUGAAACUUUUUGCUUUGAUGCUGAAUCAGGAGUCAGGUUACCAAUACUGGCUUAUAAUUACCAAUGCCUGUAUAAGGGAACAACAACAACUCUCACAGAUAAGCAAACUAUAUCAGAAACAAACAUUAGGCGCAAGUAUUUUGACAUCUCUGAUACAACAGAAGAGCCUCUAAAUAUUCUGCAAGCGACAUCUGAACAAGCCGUGAGCAGUGCAUCAACUUCACAAGAAGCAGCAAAGAAAGUUUUGGUACCUGAAAGUAUAACAGUUUUCAAGUCAAAAGCUUUAGACUCUGAUUCAACAACUCCACUGGCAAAUAAACAGGUAACAAGUACUGUUGUGUCGCCAAAUGUCACAAGUGAUGCUGAAGCAGAAGAGGACUAUACACUAGAUAUAACUCAGUCUAGUAUUUCUGAACUCCCUACAGCAAAAAUAACUGAUACAAUAUCUGCAACUACUAAAUAUUCAGAUCUACCAGUGACCGAUGAUCAUACAGCUGACAUUAAGCAGGCAACUACCAAUAGAAACACACAUAGUGCUAUUACUGAAGAAACGCCAUGGGAAUAUGAAUAUGAAGAUGAUCUGCAGUAUGCAACAACAACAGUCAAGAACACCGUUAUUCCUUGCAACUACCACCCAUGUACGCACCUUCAAAGGUCUUGCUUUGAGCUUCAGCAACUGACUCAUUGUUACUGCCCUGGCCUAUCAGGAGAAGAUAUUAUUCCAGAUCCGCCAAGGCUAAGGCAAGUUUCUGAAAUUACAGACACAUCAGCAUUAAUCCAAUGGUGUGCUCCAAAUUCUAUAGUGGAAAACUAUAGACUUUUGUAUCACCCUGAAGGAAGCAAAAACUGGACAGUCAUUGACAAUAUUUAUGUCACAUCAAGGCAAUACACACUGUAUAACCUGUUACCUUAUACAACAUAUGAGGUGUGCGUAACUGGUUUAAAUAAAGCAGGGUCAAGUCAUCCAGCAAAUGACCCAACAAACGUAUCUCGUUCCCCCUGCGCUAAAUUUACAACUAAACCUAGCUAUAUUGUUAUACUGGUUGCAUUAAGCACCCUAGGGGGGGUAUUUUUACUUACCAUUAUUAUUCUUUCUGUCUAUCUACACAAGGCAUGUAAAAACAACCUACUUAAUCAUUAUGAUACACAUCUUAUUUCUUAUAAAAAUCCUGCAUUUGAUUAUCAGUUAACCAUUCCAACAUUUCAUUAA